UGCAUCCUGUGAAAUAUUUCCUUUCCUGCAGAUGACAAGAACAAGUCUGCACCCUCAUUAAACUAUGAGGGUCGUCUGCAGGACUGCCGGAGUUUCCUGCAGCGUCACGGCCGCCUCCUCUCCUCCUGGCCGGCUCUGUUCGUUCAGCAGGCCCUCAACGAGCCUUCAAACAGCUCCGCUCACACCUGGGCACAAGGUCUGAUGGGAAAAGGAGGAGCGCGGGCAGUUGAGUGGCAAAACAACGACCGUAUGAUUCAUCACGAGACCAGUGAGCUGGUGUCGACCUUCUCCUCUGAACCCACCUGUGUGGUGGUGAGCCCGGACGCAGAGCUGAUGGUGGUUGGCACUGGAAAGGGAACGCUGCAUUUCAUCAACACUCAGACCGGACAGGAAGUGAAAUCGCUGGUGAGCAGCUGUGACGGCAUCUCCAGCUGUGUCUUUUUAUUGGACGGACGUCUUGCCACAACCUCCUUUGAUGGGCGAAUAGAGAUUUGGGACAUCGGGAAUGGCUGCAGGUAA